AUGCAUUAUUGCUAUGCAUGCGGUCGCGAGGCGCACUUCCCCGUGCCAUGCAAGUACGCCUUCCAAUGGCAGUGCAGCUACAUCGAGCUGAUGCAUACGGCGAUGCAGCGCUACGAUGCCGACAUCGCCAUCGGCGGGCCGAACUGCAUCGCCAUCGCCGAUCUCAAGAUGCUCACGGUACAGCUGACCGGAGGCCUGCUGCCGGCGUUGCUCCCUGAGGACGUACAGGUCCGGCUCUGGCACGAGGAGAGGCUGAUCCACGAUGUGCUGGGUGACGUCUUGGACGAAGGGCUCGCCAACGGGCUCGGGCGCCACGAGAGGGUCGCCGACUUUAUUCGCCGACCAUUGCCCGGCCCGGCGCUGCCGAGGGCGUGGGAGCGGCUGCUCGGGAGCGAGAGGGUCGGACCAAUGCGGCCGCAGGACACUCCUCCUGAUCAGCCGCUGGACCAACUCGACCGCGCUCAGCUAUGGCCUCGGCUGCAACAGAUGACUGUACAGGACUUCCUAGUGGCGUUACCGCCGAUAGUCCGGCGCACGCUCGAGGCCUUGGGACUGGUGGAUCGAGUGGCGGAGGAGAUGCUCGGCUUCAUCCGUGAGGCGAUCGACGUGCCCGACGGGGACAACGAGACGACGGUGGCGCACGCGGCUGCACUGGUGGGCGUGCAUGACGACGGCGGUGGCUUGCUGCAGCUCGCGACCAAUGUGUAUGAGGCUCUCGCUCGCGGCAUCGAGGAAGCGCCGCAGAUCCCUCCACUCGUCGCUCCAGCGCCAGUCGCGCCGGCGGACGCGCCAACCGUAGAGCCUGCACAGCCAGAAGAGGCGGUGGACCCGGGCGCGGUGGACCCGGGCGCGGCAGGAGAAGGGCCACAAGCGGCGGUUAGUGAAGAGGCGGCCGGACCUGGUGCAGAAGCGCCACCUGCCAAUGCUGCGGCGGAUCAUGCUUCGAUCAGCCACAAGCUGUGCCCCGGCUGCUUCCAAGAGGUCAGGAUGUCGGGCGGCUGCAACUCCUCGUCCUGCCCGAGCUGCCACGUCCGCUUUUGCUACAUUUGCUUACGCACCGACUGUGAGGUGGUGCAGACCCAUGGGGUCUGCCCACAGGGCAGCAUCGACGUCGGCGCUUUCCAGGCCGCCGCCGCCCAGCACAACGAGGCGGCCGCGGCCACAGCGGCGGCGAACAUUGCCGCGCUCGCACACUAUCAGCCGGACGAGGCUGAGCAGCGCCGGCUCGAGCGAAUGCAGCACCGGCCGAAUGCGAAUGAGGCGCUCAACCUGCUGCCGCCACCACAGACGCGCCUGGAGUGCCUGCUCUUCGCGCUGACGCGGAUUGGACUCACGGAGGAUGCGAACUUACAGAUGCUCGCAGGUCCCUUUGAGGAGGAGCUAAGGCGGCAGCAGGACGCAGGGCGCGAGCAGACGAGGACCCAUGUCGCCGCGACCUUCCUCGCAGCGAGUCUGAACAUAGCCGAUCCCGAGCUACUCGCGACCUUGGAGCAGACGCGCCAGGCUUGGGACGCGGUCGCCGUCCCGUCCGAAACGCCCGAGGACACGGACAGUGAGAUCGUGGAGUCCAUUCGUGCCGUGCAGGAAGCGACGCGCCUGGAGCGCUGGCUGCGUGUCGUCGACUGGCUGUCCCUCACCGGCCGGGUGCGCGGACGCACAGACGAUCCAAUGAGUGAGUACCGCCGGGGCGCCGUGGCGGCGCACGCCACGGCGCUCAACGAGCUGCUGACCGCGCGGGCCGAGAAGCGCAGCGGCAGCAGCAGCACAGAUCCGAUGGCUUACACGGACCUGGGCAGGAUCCAGCAACGGUUGAUUUCGCUGAAGGCCGACUUGAACGAACUGCUGCUGCAGCUGCAUGGCGAGUUGAGCGCCGAAGAGGGGGAGGCGCUGGGAGAGCUGCUUGGCGCUGAAGAGGGACUGACGCUUGGCGACGCGGAGGGUGAGGAGCUCGGCGACGCGGACGGCGCAAGCGUGGGAACAGACGUCGGAGCCUACGGGAAGACACUCGAUGGUGACACCGUCGGCGAGGCUGUGGAGCUGGCGGUCGGUGACGCCGUCGGCGAGGCUGUGAUCCAGGUAGGUGACACCGUCGGCGAGGCUGUGGGGCUGGCGGUCGGUGACGCCGUCGGCGAGGCUGUGAUCCAGGUAGGUGAUGCCGUCGGCGAGGCUGUGGGGCUGGCGGUCGGUGACGCCGUCGAGGGCGACAGCGACGGCGGCGGCUGCGAGGGCGGCGGAGGGGCAGGCGGCGGCGGUGCCGGAGGCGGCGGCGUGGGCGGCGGCGGGGCUGGCGGCGGCGUGGAGGGCGGAGGAAUUGGGGGCGGUGAGGGCGACAGCGACGGCGGCGGCGGCGAGGGCGGCGGAGGGGCAGGCGGCGGCGGUGCCGGAGGCGGCGGCGUGGGAGGCGGCGAGGGCGACAGCGAAGGCGGCGGCGGCGAGGGCGGCGGAGGGGCAGGCGGCGGCGGAGGUGACGAGGGCGACGAGACGCUGGGGGCGGAGGUCGGAGCUGACGAGGGCGACGAGACGCUGGGGGCGGAGGUCGGAGCUGACGAGGGCGACAAGACGCUGGGGGCGGAGGUCGGAGCUGACGAGGGCGGCGGAGGGGCAGGCGGCGGCGGUGCCGGAGGCGGCGGCGUGGGAGGGGGCGGGGCUGGCGGCGGCGUGGAGGGAAUUGGGGGCGGUGAGGGCGACAGCGACGGCGGCGGCGGCGAGGGCGGCGAGGCGGGCGGCGACGAGGGUGGCGAGGCGGGAGGUAAAGACGGCGGCGAGGCGGGCGGCGACGAGGGUGGCGAGGCGGGAGGUGACGAGGGCGACGAGACGCUGGGGGCGGAGGUCGGAGCUGACGAGGGCGACGAGACGCUGGGGGCGGAGGUCGGAGCUGACGAGGGCGACGAGGAGGGCGGCGAGGCGGGAGGUAAAGAGGGCGGAGGCAGCGCGGGCGGCGAGGCCGGAGGUGACGAGGGCGACGAGACGCUGGGGGCGGAGGUCGGAGCUGACGAGGGCGACGAGACGCUGGGGGCGGAGGUCGGAGCUGACGAGGGCGACGAGGAGGGAAGAACAGGGAAAACGCUGGGGGCGGAGGUCGGAGCUGACGAGGGCGACGAGACGCUGGGGGCGGAGGUCGGAGCUGACGAGGGCGGCGGAGGGGCAGGCGGCGGCGGUGCCGGAGGCGGCGGCGUGGGAGGGGGCGGGGCUGGCGGCGGCGUGGAGGGAAUUGGGGGCGGUGAGGGCGACAGCGACGGCGGCGGCGGCGAGGGCGGCGAGGCGGGAGGCAAAGAGGGUGGCGAGGCGGGAGGUAACGACGGCGGCGAGGCGGGCGGCGACGAGGGUGGCGAGGCGGGAGGUGACGAGGGCGGCGAGACGGGAGGUGACGCGGGCGGCGAGGCGGGCGGCGACGCGGGCGGCGACGCGGGAGGCGAUGAGGGCGGCGAGGCGGGAGGUAAAGACGGCGGCGAGGCGGGCGGCGACGCGGGCGGCGAGGCGGGAGGUGACGAGGGCGGCGAGACGGGAGGUGACGCGGGCGGCGAGGCGGGAGGCGACGCGGGCGGCGACGCAGGAGGCAGCGCGGGCGGCGAGGCAGGAGGUGACGAGGGCGACGAGACGCUGGGGGCGGAGGUCGGAGCUGACGAGGGCGACGAGGAGGGAAGAACAGGGAAAACGCUGGGGGCGGAGGUCGGAGCUGACGAGGGCGACGAGACGCUGGGGGCGGAGGUCGGAGCUGACGAGGGCGACGAGACGCUGGGGGCGGAGGUCGGAGCUGACGAGGGCGGCGGAGGGGCAGGCGGCGGCGGUGCCGGAGGCGGCGCCGUGGGAGGGGGCGGGGCUGGCGGCGGCGUGGAGGGCGGAGGAAUUGGGGGCGGUGAGGGCGACAGCGACGGCGGCGGCGGUGAGGGCGGCGAGGCGGGAGGCAAAGAAAAUGGCGAGGCGGGAGGUAAAGUCGGCGGCGAGGCGGACGGAACCGAGGGUGGCGAGGCGGGAG